AUGCCUCCGCGGUACUCCAAUAGCUCUGCGGAGACAACAAAGAAGGAGAAUGCUCGAAAAACUAGAGCCCAAUCUGCUUCCGAAAUCGCGCGCAACGUCAAAAGCUUCGAAACCUGGGCGACAUACCAAGGUUGCGAGGAAGUCGAGUAUAACGACCUUCCUGCGCACCUCGCUGUCGAAGUGAAGAAUGUCUUUGACGUUAGCGGACGACUUCCCGAUGCAUGGCUGGACAAGUCGUCGCGUGUGCACAAGGCCUUGAAAAAAUUGGUAUCAGCGGAGUUUAUGGAAUUCAUCCGUAGUGCUCACGACGCUUCGCCGGAGUUAUUCACAUCUGCUAUGUCAGAACCCGAGUGCAGAAACUUGUUGUGCGACAUCCAGAGCGUCUUUGUCGCUUGGACGCGACUGCAAAAAAUGCGUAACUCGAGCAGAAAAUGGUCAGAAGCGGACUACACUGCGAAUGUGUACAACGUAUUUCGGAGUCCCGCAGCACGCGAGAGCGAUUAUCGUGCCCAAUGCUCGGUCUCUCUAUCCCAGCCAUUGUCCUGCUUCGCCGUGACUAGCAAGGCAGUUCGUGCGCUUAACGCGAAAGCUGCCUGUCCAGAUUCUUCAUUCUUCAUUCCCACCCGGCUCAUCCGGGAGCUGUCGCACUCUGCACGUUCGCCGUUCAAGCUACUCAAGGCACACCCUUCGGUAGUCAACUCUGGCAGCGUCGGCGGCGAGUCCUCUUUCCGCUUUCAGAGUACGCCGUGCACGAAGCUGCCUGACACGCCAGGGUUUGAGUUCGCGAGCACCUUUUGGGAGGACAAGAAGCCCGUGCACCACAUGCUCGAUGACGCGUACCGCCAGAACAGGAUGGCGACCACUUCUGCAGUGCGUCAACUGCACUCGCUUCACGUGCAGGCACCGAUCUUCGGGCUUGUUUGGGCUCGGGGCACGGUAAGAGCUCAUGUAGACUGGUGGACGGUGAAGCCGAAUUCCGAUUAUCCGUCCAUUCAAUCUGCCGCAUAUCCUGGAGCCAACUACGGCGGUCGCAGAACCAGCGACAUAUUUCAUGAGUGGCAACUAGAUGAGCCCAGCGACAUACUGCAAGUAUACCUCCUUGUGAGGAACAUGGAUCACUGGACCGUGAACGGGUUCUGUGAGCGUGUCAUCAGUGGCAUAAAGCAGUUAGCCACUGACGUUGUCGAGAACGAGCACGCCUUUGUUCCAUGGAAGCGGAAGGGUGACCUGGGACGUUCAAUUCCAACCAAUAUACCGCGAAACCCUGUCCCGGCUGCUACACCCUCUCCUCCCAGGCGUAAACCUGGCGGUCGUGCUCGGCGUUGA